AUGGGCGCGUGCUUCAGUAGGAGAAAAGGCAGACGGCCUCAGCCGUCGAGAUCCGUAGAAGGUUGCCGAGAUCCGCCGCCGGAGCAGGAGGCGCCGCAGGAAGAGACGGUGAAGGAAGUCCUUUCGGAAACUCCAAGGAUGAAGACGCCUCGACCGUCCAAAGAGGAGGAUCUUGAAAUCGAGAAGAAAAGGGGCAACGAAACCGGUAGGGAUGACAGAUCGGAGGGGACUUCGGAGGUCUGCAGCGUCAGUGAGGGCUUCUCUGUUUCUACAUCUGUGACGGAGGUCACAUGGGAGGAGCGGCCUCUGCCAACAUCUCUAGUGAAGUUUCAGCGAAAGCGAUCGAGUUCCUCCGGUGACAGCCUCUUGAAAAAAGAGAGAAUGACAGGCUCCGUUGCUGCCGUGGGAUGUCGUAGCCGUAGGACGUCAUCGCCGUCACCUGCCAGGCGCAGGGAGGGCGGUGGCGGUAGCGGGGGGAGGAUGUGCUUGGUGAGGGAUGCGUCGACGGCUCCAAAGAGCCGCGGAAACGCGCUGUGCCGAGACCCAGGGGAGAGGUCUGGACGGAGAUCUGUUUCACCGGCGGCGAAGCCAAGCAUCGGAGGGCAGUGUAGGGGGGUUUCGGCGGAGAGGGCGAACGGGAGGUCUUCUCUGCUGCCGGUUGCUGGGGGCGGAGUGGUGGAAGGUGGCCGAUUCUGCGUCGGUGGCGGCGGUAGCGGCAGCGGCCGCUGCAGGAAGACGUUGGCGCAGGAUAUGGUGGAAUGCGGAAACUCAGGGGCGGCGAUGGGAGGCAAGGAAUCGCUGGAAAACCCCCUUGUCUCCUUGGAAUGCUUCAUCUUCCUUUAG